CCCCGGAGGCUGGUGGAUUACUUCGUGGUUGCCGGCAUCUCGGACGAGCCGAGCCAGAUGCAGGACACCACCGAGCUUGAGGACCAGCUCCCGAUCACCGACAUAGCCGUGAUCAUCGCGUCUCAGAAGGAGCAAGCUCCUCUGGAGUACACCUGCAUUGAGCGAACCCCCUCGGGCCACUCGGCCGACCUGAACCACGGGAGCAUCCGGUGCCAGACUGUUUUCCUGUGCUAUCGGAGAGGCCUCGACAAGCCUCCACUGACGGAUAUCGGCGUCCUCUAUGAAGAUAAGCAACGAAUCAUGCCUGACAGUGAAGUCCUCGACACUACGCCUUAUGGCCGAGUGGCCAACGUCAACAACUCGUCGUCGUCGAGAACUUUCCUGACGUUUCGAAGAGCUCCUGAAACGGCGUCUUCCAACACUCUCGUGGUGAAGGAUAUUUGCGUCAUCUUAGCGAGCAAAGGAGAGACCCCGCCGCACGCUUACUGUAAAAUCGAUCGGAACCUCAACAAGAGCGUCAUUGGUACAGACGUUUAUAUUUGCUACAAGAAAUCCGUUCAUAGACCACCGUACAUCUUGUAUCGACCGGAAACGAUACUCCGUUUUCCCACCUACGACAAACGCCCAUUCCCGCUGCCUCAAGAAGUUCAUCUGUUCAGCCUGCCGCUGGGCGCCACCGUGGAAAAGUGGAAAACCUACUGGGAUAAACCCGGACCGGAGUUCGCGACGUUCGUGUUCACGUCCCAGACGGCGACUCGAGCCUACGGUGCGUCGUUGAGUUUUUACGAGCCCUACGAACCGAACUCGGAAGAGAUAGCUCUCCUCGGCCCCAUCCAAGACAAAGAAAAGUGCUACGCGACGAAAAGUAUCUGCGUGGUGUCGCGGUACCCGUUCUUCAAAAUUUUUAAGAAAUUCCUCCAAUUCAUCUUCUCGCAAAGCACGAGUUUGAGACGGGAGAACUCGAUCGAACAAUAUAUUUUGCAUUUUAUCUUCAACAUACCGCUCCCGACCAUUGAAAGACCCCGGGUCACGGUUCCCCUGAACAUGGAUCACAGUCUGGCCCUCCGACAUCUGACGGAUACCUCCCUACCGACAUCCGGGGCGUCUUUCCUGGAGCUUUUGAGCAAUCUCGGGCCCGACAACUGUAUACUCACACUACUGCUCGUCUUGACUGAGAACAAAAUUCUCAUCCAUUCGCUCCGGCCCGAGCUGGUUUCGUUCGUGUCGGAGGCCCUCGUGUCGGCCUGUUUCCCGCUGAGCUGGCAAUGUCCGUACGUUCCGCUGUGCCCACUUGGUCUCGCAGAAAUACUCAUGGCUCCGCUGCCGUUUUUGGUCGGUGUGGACUCGAGAUAUUUCGAUCUCCACGAGCUACCAAGCGAUGUCAUUUGUGUUGAUCUCGAUACGAACAGCAUCUACAUACCUGAAGAGAAGCAAUACCUUCAUCCUCGCAUGAUGCCGAGACGAGCGACGAAGAAACUGAAGCAGACGCUCACCGACCUCUUCGAAAAAGUCGGUCACUACCGCAUCCAAUAUCACGAAAUUCACACUUCGAUAAAGGAUCGAACCGAAGCCGACUUCGCCGUCCUUCGCAAGGAGCGCGAUCUCGAUCUACAGAUUCAGGACGCAUUUCUGAAAUUUAUGGUUGAAACCCUGCGGGACUUCCGUCAAUUUCUCCGGCCUGUCACCGAAAAACCCAAGAAUGUGACCGCUGAGACGCUUUUCGACGUGGAGAACUUCCUGCGUACGAAAGACAAAGCCCACGAGGAAUUCUAUUUUCUCCUCGUCGAGACCCAGAUGUUCAGUCGAUUGGUCGAAGAGCGAAGUUUCCUGUCGGAGAACGAUCAUUCGUUGGCUUUUUUCGACCAGUGCUGUGAUCAGUGCGAUAGCUCGGGACAGGUUUGCGACGACUUGUUGCGCAUCGAUGCCGGCGAGGACAACCACACCGCUUAUAUCGCGCCUCCCGAACCGCCACAAAACCCCGAACACCUGAAAUUCAACGGCUGGGCCAAUCUCAACUUCGAUAAUUUCACCAGCAUGUUCGUGGGCGCACAGGCUCUCGAUGAGCUCGACAACGGCUUGACGCCAAACAUCGAAGAGUAUCCCGGGAGUCCUAUAAUAAAACGAACGAAGCACGAAGUGAAGUCGGCUAUAAAAUCAGCUCGACAGCAGAACGAAGUUCCCGCUAGAUGGGGUCGAGUACUCCUCAGCGCUUGUUACUCGAUAUGGUUUGUUCACUUGCCGUCCUACCUGGCGACCAUUCCGGAAUCCGAACGACCCGCCGCAGUCCGAAUGGCAUUCCAGAUAUUGUGUGAUGCCCAGCAGCGAUUAAGUCACCCCGUCGAUGAGGUUUGCUACCGGGUCAUCUUGUCUCAGUGCGCCAUUCUAUCGCAACCCGCUCUGGCAGUAAAAGUUCUGAUGGAGACGAAGCAACGGAAGAUAUUUCUAAACGCCAUGACACAUGGCUAUUACAAUAAAGCGGUUAUGGUCUCUUCGUGGCCGCAGUCGAAGGCAUGGAAGAGACUCAAGAAUGUCAUUUAUGGCGUAGCGCAGUUCAAAACGGCUCUACGAAGGAGUCGAACGACUUCGGUCGCGGCCAGUACGACUUCCUUAGAAGGCAUCACCAGGAUGCCAUCCACGCUUUCGCUGCCCCGCAGCUACAAGGAAACUUACAUGCCGUCAGCCGGAGUUCUGAUGGGUGGAACAACUUCGCGACAGACAACACCCACGAGAACGCCCACCAACACCCUCAGACGGAGCAAAAGCUGUGAGGCAUCGCUCUCGAUGGAGAAAUAUAUUAGAGAGGAGUCCGCUUUCAUCAAAUUCAGGACCGCGCCUGCCUCAAUGACUCUGCUCGAACAGCCGCGCGAGUUUUUCGCCAAGACCGUGAGCCCCUCGCUCCAACGCAUGGGAAAUUACGGUUCGGGUCUGCUCCAAAGUUUACUCAAGGAUCGCUCAAAUCUGUCGAAAAUCCGUCGUUUCUCCGCCGGCCCCAUUCGGCAGCCAGACCUGUCUGAUUUAAGACGUCCAAACAGCUCUCCCAUCGGUCGGGCGGCACCGGCGGGUGGAAUGGAUGUCAUGGGCAAUCUACGCUCAAUGGCGUCGCGUCUCACCUCGAUGAUCAACACAGAUUCUUAUCGAAUUCCUGCCUCUCGAUCACUGGACCAAAUGUUCAAUAAACUGCCCCCUCAGGAGGCAAGCUACAAUGGCUUUACGCACGCUCCCGGUGGGAAAGUGGCCAGCGGGUUCGUGCACAUAACAAUGAGUUCCUGUUGUCAAUGUGUCAGCUGCAAAAGUCUUGUUUAUGACGAAGAGAUCAUGAGCGGUUGGACCGCCGAUGAUUCGAAUCUCAAAACGAAAUGCUGGUGUAACGCGUCGUUCGUCCCUCAACUCUUCGUCACAGUCAAAGAUCGUCGAGACUUACAUAAGGAGGAAAACUUCGCUCCAUGUGACUUCACAGUGCCUUAUCUUAGUCCUCUUGUUCUACAAAAAGAAGUGGAGAACGUCCUCGAAGCCGGCAGUGAGAUUUUCACACGGCCCAACUUCGUAGACGAGCAUCCGAUCAUUUACUGGAAUCUAGUGUGGUAUUUCUAUCGUCUGAAGCUCCCGACGAAUAUAGACCAGCUCUGCGUUCGUAGUGGCAUCCUGCAUAAGGGUUUACAGAGUUCUCAAGAAGACUCGACGCUAUCGAAAUCUCCGGUCAUCGUGAAAACGCUUUGGGACAAUCCCAAAUUACACGACUGCAUAACACCGCCGCUGUAUACUGUGUACAAGCCGGGCGACCUCUACAUAGACGAAAACGACCCCUCAGGUUUUAAACGCGCUGGUCGUACCAUACUCGAGCACAUGAAGUCCGGUAGUGAGAGCAACGUUCGAGACGCCGUCGUAUUCUUGAUGAAGGAGCGGCAGAAGUGGAAAUUCCGUAGGAAUCCCUCGAUUUACAGAGAAAUCCUGUUCUUGCUCAUACUGGAGUUCGGUGCCAACAUAAUCAAUCCAGAAUGGUUGGAUCGAGAAUACCAUCGGGUUUACGACGAGUUAGCUAGCUACCGGAAUCAGAUUUUCCAGUAUGAUCGUUACCCAUCGCUCCACGCGCGCUUUGCCCGGAGAUACUUCGGAGAUCUCGACCUCUUCUAGUUGCAAUAAGGGAACGCAAUAGUUUACGUUGUCGAUUCGCUCCAGACGUUCCAUUAAGGGGUACCAAAGAAUAGGUUGACUUGAAUUCUCCGUCUGCGUCGCCUACCAUAUUUGUGUUUGUCUGCGAUCGCAUCGCGAGCAUAUCGUCCAGUUCUGUACUGGAACGAGUUCGAAGCGUCAGCGGCGGAUUCUUCGAUUCGAGAACUCGGCUCUUCGGAAAGCAGUGACCUGAUGUUUAAUGGAGGAGAGAGUAGGAGUAGUUUUGUACCGUUGGAACUUUCCCUGCGGAUAAUACGGAACGAUUGUGCAAAAUAUCAUUCGUUUUCUCUUGCCGGUCUCUACCAUCCGUUUUAGAUUUUCUUCCUCGAAGAGACGAUUCGAAUUGAUUGUUUGUUUACGGACGCCUCGCAUCUUGCGUUCGAGGUUA